AUGUCAGUAGAAUAUACGGAAAUUAAACAAAUUAUUUCAGAGAAAGAUAUAUUAUAUACCAUUAAAAGUUGUUUCAUCGGAGAUCCAUCAACAAUUGAAGAUAGAAAAGUAUUGAUGUGGAAUUGUUUUAAUAACAAACAACAAAAAGUACCAGAAGACUUAUCACAAAGUUUAGCUGUAGUACUAAACAUUAAAGGAAAGAUUGGAAGAGUUACUCUUGAAAAUUAUAAUAAUUUUGUUAAUAGAAAUAGUAGCUAUUUUCCGUUUAAAAAUGUUACUAUUGCUGUUGUAGUAUUUAAUUCUCAAGAUAAUUCGUAUAAGAAUAUAAAAAAUUGGCACGGAGAAGUAUCGAGAUAUUGUGGGUCUCAUGGUAUUCUUCAAACAAUCAUUGUUGGAAUGUUUCCUGAUGAAACAUAUCAUCAAAAUUUACCAGAAAAUAUUCAAAUGGUGAUAUCAAGUAUUCCGAAUUCAAAAUUUUUUUAUUAUUACCCAAGUGGUACUAAUGAAUUUAGGAAAGUAUUUUUCAGUACUGUUGUCAAAAUAAGAGAAUUAUUGUUUUCAGAUGAAAAGUUAGAUGAGAUUCAAAAUUUGAAACAAAGACGAACAGUAACUCAAAAAAAAAUAAUAGUACCUCAAGUGACAUCAAAUAUUUCUUCUUCAUUGAAUAGAAAAUUAAAAUUGGCUUCGAGAAGUGAAGAUGAAUUAAUCAUUUUAUUAAAGGCAAUUGUUUUAGGAGAUGAGAGUGUAUCAAAUUCAUGUCAUCGUAUUACUCAACAUAUUCUUGGAUUACCAGAAGUUAUUGGAGAUGAUAUUUAUGAAUAUCCACAACAUUUAAUUCAAAAAGAAAAUAUGACUAUUAGACUUAGAAUGGAUGUUUAUAAUCAUAAUAUUCCUUCUGGAAAAUCAUAUACUCCAUACUUUAAUACAUUAAUAUCAAUUAUUGUAUUUAGAUAUGAUGAUAAAGAAUCAUUUAAAAAUGUAGUGAAUUGGUAUCAAGAAACACAAAGAUAUUCUAAUUUACAAUCAAACCAUUAUUUUAUUGUAGAUGCCAUAUAA